AUGUACCAAGCGGAGACAGCACCUCGACAUAUCCGCGGAGCCUUGAUUUCCACCUACCAACUCUUCAUCACAUUCGGAAUCUUCCUGGCCGCAGUCUUCAAUUACGCUGCGGAACGCCACCAAUCCGGUAAAGCCGCAUCCUGGCAGAUCACCCUCGGUCUCUCCUUCGUACCUGCCGCUAUCCUCGCGGUAGGUAUCUUGGGCUUUUCCGAAACACCUCGGUUCAACUACCGUCAUGGUAAGAUUGACCAGGCCACCGCAACCAUGUCGAAAGUAUAUGGGGUACCAACCAACCAUCAGAGCAUUCAGCUAGAGCUUGAGGAGAUGAGGGUCAAGCUCGAAGCCGAAAGCAAGCUUACCAACGGACCCAUACAAGAAUGGUUGGGUAUGUGGAUGGCGCCGAAGAUGGCAUACAGGUUGGCAAUUGGCAUGGGCUUGCAGAUGUUUCAACAGUUGACAGGCGCCAACUACUUCUUCUACUACGGUACCGUAGUCUUUGCCGGCACUGGUAUCAAGAACUCGUUCGUUACGCAGAUGAUCUUGAACGGUAUCAACUUCGGCGUCACCUUCUACGGCCUCUAUAUUGUCGAGCACUACGGUCGUCGCAAGUCGCUCAUUGCCGGCUCAUGCUGGAUGUUCAUCUGCUUCCUCAUUUUCGCUUCUGUCGGUCACUUCGCCCUUGAUCGCGACAAUCCAGAGAACACCGAAAGCGCAGCCACGGCAAUGAUUUGCUUUGCUUGUUUCUUCAUCUUCGGUUUUGCGACAACGUGGGGUCCAAUGAUCUGGACAAUCUGCGGAGAGUUAUACCCCAGCCGCUAUCGCGCGAAAGCCAUGGCUCUAUCAACGGCAUCGAACUGGCUGUGGAACUUCCUUCUCGCAUUCUUCACGCCCUUCAUCACUGGUGCCAUAGAUUUCCGCUAUGGCUACGUCUUCGCCGGGACAAACAUCCUAGGUGGUCUCAUCGUAUACUUCUUCGUCAUCGAAGGCAAAGGGCGCACACUCGAGGAAAUUGAUACCAUGUACCUGAUGGGCGUCAAGCCAUGGGAAAGCGCAAAAUGGGUCGUUCCCAGCCUGGAAGAGAUGAGCGGAGAUAUGAGGGUUAAGCUCGAAUCCGCAAACCCGGAGUUGGCGCUUAGGAAAGAGACUAACGGAGGGACGGCUGAUGACAGUGCUAGUGUGAGGCACGAAGAGAAUGGCGAGGCGAUUCGCGGGAGUGAGGCUAUGAGGGACGGGAGUGAAGAGGGGUUGAGGGAGAAAUCCGAGGUCGAGCCGUAG